GGUCGCGACCCGUGCACUGAGCGAUCGAACGCCUAUCCGAGUUGCUCGCUUCACCGCGCUGCCAUUUCCCCGUGGUGGUCACCAUGACUUCCUCCGCGGAGGCCCGCCCCCCGCCGAAAAAGUCAGUCAAGAAGAAGGAGGAAGUCAGGGGUUCGAAGCCACGCUCGGCCGCUGGCCGACAACGAAAGCGUCCUCCCAGCGGUUCUGACGGCGCAACCACCAGCUCACCCCGAGGUACCCAAGGCAGCCCGUUGGUGGCGUCGACGAGUGUACAAACGCCUUCCAGUGUGGACACCAACGCUCAGCAAACUGCAGUGCAAAGGGCAGGCGGUAGUAUAAUUUCGGCCAAAGCCGCUGCAGUCAAACGCACCCUUCAGAGUACGAGCUCCACUGCACCCGAAGGCGUCACCGCUGCUGCAGGUCGUCCCCAAGGUGUUUCGAACGACGCCGCUCCUCGGGCAGCGCCUUUGCCCUAUACGAAGACCCAGGAGGCUCACGUGCCCUUGAGCAAGUACAGUUCGCCCGCCUUGACCGACCAGCCAUCGUCUUCCCUGGCCUCAGCAAGCGUCAGGCGUCGCGGUGAAAGCAAGUCAAGGCGGCUUCUGGUGUGCAGGGGCCUCGACUCUACGCACUGGCUCGUUUGUUGCACGUUAUCAGCCAUUGUCGUCGUGGUGCUAUCGACGCUGUGGUUCAUCAGCUCUGUCUGGUCUUCGCCGCAAAACGCCUCCUAUACCUGCGUGACCCCAGGCUGCCUUGCCUAUUCGCGUCGGCUCCUCGCGUCCAUCAACAGUUCGGUGAACCCGUGCACGAGCUUCACGCGCUUCGUUUGCGAUGGUUGGCAGCACGGCCAACGCCUCAGUGUGUGGGAAGACCAGUUCCACUUCGUCUUGGACAGGCUCACUAAAGAACUGCAGGGUGUCGACAUACCCGAGACGGAACAGAACGAGGAGCAGCAGGCGGCCGCCGUGUACAGCAGCUGCACCAGCGUGCUUUACGGAGGUAGCGACGAGCUCGAAGCCGUCAAGACCGCACUCGAAGAUGCUGGUAUCGUCUGGCCCAGGCCAUCCAAGGGUGCCGACGUGCUUCAAACUCUGUUGCACAGCUCCUUGAAACUAGGUUGGGACGUUCUCUUCGAUAUCUACGUGUCGCCGACAGACAGUACCGUGAAGAUAGCCGUUGACCCUGGAAAAUGUCUCCUCUUCGUGCUGACAAAACGGGAGCGCCUGACGGAUACAAAGCAGAAGAAGGCAUACUUUGAAUUCUUGAAGGAGGCCUUCCAACGGGACGGCACAGUCGCCGUAAGCUUCGAAGAGACGUUCGACAUCGCGGAACCUGUGCUGGACAUACUGGGCGAACUUUAUGAACGGGUGUCCGACGAGCACCCAACUGAGGCUGGCGGUUUGUCUCACGCUCCGGAGAUAGGCCUCACCGAAUACCGAUGGCUGUCCAUCCUACAAGGACAUAACGUUAGUGUCGCGAAUGGCCUCAUGCUUGAAACUAGCCGUGCGGAUUAUCUUGAAGCCGCGUUAAACUUUUGGGAGAAACACGGUUCGGACGCUUUCCACUCGUUCGUGUCCUGGUGCACAGUCCAGGUUGCGGCGCUAUUCGCAAGGAGAGACCUUGUUCUAAACUACUACGACGAGAGCCCUCCUCUGGCAGAUAUCUACCACAGGGCCUUCUGCCUGGGUACGUCCAUGUUCUUCUCCAGGAAGGCACCGUUCUCGAGGUACAACGCUCACGUUCUCCACGGAAACUCGGAGGCCAUCGCGAGGCAACUGACGCUGCUCGUGCGAAGCGCAUUUUCGAAGCGUCUGUCCAAGUGGGAAUAUUUCGACGAGAACAUCACUGUCGUCAGCAACUGGAGCUCGCUGGAAAGGGCAUUUAGGAACUUCGAGCCCAGCGAAGAGGAGAACGCGUCUGCAACAGCUCGGGCAAGGCACAUGACGAGCUCCUUCUUAAGCAACUGGCGGCAGUCGGUGCGCGAGCGACCGACGGAGGAAGUCGAAAACAUUAUUCGCACCAUCUACAAUCUCGACUACUACUACCUGUCCUACAAGUUUUACGAUUUCCAGCUGAUGCCGUACGCCCUGUCCUUCCCGCUUUUUGACGUCGGUCUGCCCAGGUCUCUCAAUUACGGAGGCUUUGGGGCCGAGGUGUCUAGCGCUCUCGGCGAGCUGUUCCUCCUCUCCUACGAGGAAGGGAAAAACGUGUCCCAAGUUCGGUCACUGAUCGAAUGCGUUCGCUCUGGGCCGUUCGGUGCGGUCAAGGAUCCCGAGAUGUACACAGCGUACGCAAUCGGAUACGGUCCGCUUGUGGAUGCGUAUAAGAACUACGCUAACGGUUCGGACUGGGCCGUGCUGGGGCUCGAAAAAUACACGGGUCUGCAGCUGCUUUUCAUUGCGCUUUGCUACUUGGCGUGCGAUGGCAAUGACAGAACAGACGGCGAGUCGGUGUGCAACAUAUCGGUGCAAUACCUGCCCGAAUUCGCGGAGGCUUUUCAGUGUGCACCGGGCGAUCCCAUGAACCUUGCCAGUCGGUGUAGGCUGCCCUGAGCACCACCGACGACGCUUACACUGGAUCGUUUAUUUUGCUUUUACCCAAUGGGAAUUGCAAAGCGCACUCGCGCUUUUGGAAAAAUGUGUUAUUUCUAUGGACGAGACAAUUCUUGCGAUUAUUGCUGCUUGAUAUUACAAUUUAGAAUUUUUGUGCACGAUACGGCGCAAAUUAUUUGCAAAAGUUUGGCAAGUUGACUUUGCUUAACGUCAUCCAAACACAGUCCUUACAGACACUGAGAAGCUCGUGAGCAUAACGUAUUUUCUUCUUUUUUUUUACGUUUGUUUGGCUGAGCUGACGCUGACAACGUAGCUAUUGUUUCGGUUAUCUGUUCGCGUGGGGACUGUUUGAUGUGACCAAAUAAUCCGAGUUUUGUGGAACCAUGAUCGCGGCAAACCCCCUU